AUGUUGGAGCAGCCGAUGGGUUCUCUCGCGGGCGCUGCCGCAGUUAAGAAAACCAACACAACUUGCUUCAGGAACAUAGCACUCUUCAUCACAGUGUUCAUGUACGCCGGUAUGAUGAGCAUCGUCCUCAGGCCAUAUCUGAGCCCUCUCAGCGCCUACGGAUUCGUCAUUGCGGCUACUUUUAACGUUGUAUUCGGACUCUUCUUCAUAAGCUUUAUCCGGGUUAGUCGACGGAGUAUUCCGCUAAUGUUGCAACAGUCCUCGAACACCGACCCUGGAGCGGUGCCAACAAACUGGGGAUUCUAUAUGGGAGACGACACCAAAAGGAGGCGGUAUUGCAAAGUGUGUAACGUAUGGAAGCCAGACAGAACACACCACUGUUCCGCAUGCAACCGUUGCCGUAAGUGCCUGCAGAGAAUAGUUCACGGAUCUUGCAGCGUGUACUACCUCAUCAACGAAUCUAUGCUUAGUGAAAGCGCAGACGAUCUUGCGAAACACGACUCGGGGAUCAGAGCCAUCGCAAACAUAUACGUGUGCGUAAUGGUCUUCGUUGGACUUGCGCUGAUAUUUGCACUUAUUCCGUUCGUGCAGUUCCACUUCAAGCUCGUGCUCAAAAACUCAACCACCAUCGAAAACCUCGAUGACGCAACGAAGGAUCAAGGACUCUACGAUAUGGGAAUAGGCGCCAAUUUGCAGCAGGUAUUCGGUGUCAACCCGUUCUGCUGGUUCGCGCCUUGCAACCUGCCGCUCAACCGCCCGGUUGGGGACGGUGUCAGAUGGACGCAGUACUACUACGACAACAUACCAGAAGGACCUUAA